AUGGGUUUAAAAACCAUUAACAACCCUGCAGGAAAAACAACCAAAGUAGCAGAAAACAAUACUGCAAGAGCAACAACAGAUGGAGAAACAACUACAACAAGAGAAACGACUAAUGCAAAAGAAACAACCACUACAGGAAGAACAACUACUCCAGGAGAAAUAACUACAAAAGGAGAAACAAAUAAUGCUAAAGAAACAAAUGCUGCAGAAGAAACAACAAAUAAAAGAAAAACAACUACAGUUGUAGAAAUAACUAAAGUAGUAGAAACAACUAAAGUAGGAGAAACAACUACAGUAGAAGAAACAACUACUAUAGAAAAAACGACUACAAAAGGAGAAACAACUACUUUGGUAAAAACAGCUACUACAGAAGAAACAACUAUUGCAAGAGAAACCACUGUUACAGGAGAAACAACUACAGUAGUAGACCCAACUAUUGUUAGAGUAACAAGUACAGUAGGAGAAACUAAUACAGUAGAAGAAAAAACUUCAGUAGAAGAAAAAACUACAGUAGAAGAAACAACUACAGUAGGAGAAACAACUACGGUAGGAAAAACAACUACAGUAGGAGACACAACUACCACAGGUAAAACAACAACAGUAGGAGAAAAACCUACAAAAAGUAAAACCAUUACAGUAGCAGAAACCAAUACAGUAGAAGAAAAAACUUCAGUAGAAGAAAAAACUACAGUAGAAGAAACAACUACAGUAGGAGAAACAACUAUGGUAGGAAAAACAACUAAUGUAGGAGACACAACUACCACAGGUAAAACAACAACAGUAGGAGAAAAACCUACAAAAAGUAAAACCAUUUCAGUAGCAGAAAAAACUACAGAAGGAGAAAAAACUACAGUAGGAGAAACAACUACAGUAGCAGACACAACUACAUUAGUAGAAACCACUAAAGUAGGAGAAACAAAGACUGCAGGAGAAACAACUACAUUAGGAAAAACAACUACUGCAGAAGAAACAACUGCUGCAGGAGAAAAAACUAAAGCAGGAGAAUCAACAAGAGUAGAAGAAACAACUACUACAGGGAAAAGAACAACAGUAGGAGCAACAACUACUGGAGGAGAAACAACAACAGUACAAGAAACAACUUUUGCAGGAGAAACAAGUACAGUAGAAGAAAUAACUAAAGAAGGAGAAACAACAACAGUACAAGAAACAACUACAGUAGGAAAAACAACCACAUUAGAAGUAACAACAACUGCAGGAAAAACAAUUGUUGCAGGAGAAACAACUACUGCAGGGGAUACAACUACAGUAGGAGAAACAACUAAAAAAGAUAAAACAACUGAUGCAUGA